GAAUGCUGUUUAACAGGGCGUGUGCUUGAAAGUGCGUGUGUGUGUGUGUGCGUGUGUGUGUGUGCGUGUGUGUGUGUGCGUGUGCGUGUGUGUGUGUGCGUGUCUCUGUGUUUGUGUCGCGACCUCGUCCAUUGAGAUGUGACGAUCGUAUCAGGGCAGUGUGUUUCGGGCUUAAUCUCUGCUCACUGCAGCUCAUGUGUGCGCGUCUAUUCGGUACAGUGUGGUGCGCUCCAAAACUACACCUGAAACGCUGUACUUCCCCAAUAUCUUUAGCGCAUGCGGAGCGGGGAGAGUGACUGCAUGAGACAGGCUCAGCGAGUACCUCCGAGGAAUCCCCGAGUCACUAGGAUAACGUGCGCAAGUUUCUGUCUAUAAACCUGUCGAACCGGUAGGCAGGAGCACCUGUUUUGGUUUUCAAGGCAGUUUGCUGUAUCGGUGCGCGCGACUCGGUGGCUUCACAAACUUACCAUUUAACUGACAUUUCAGAGACGCUUUGGAUAUAAAAAAAAAAAUCAGGACUCGUUCAUCUUGUCAAGUUUUUACAACAAUUCCUACCUGGGUAGACUGGCUAAAAAUAAAAGUGCAGAAUCUUUUUCCUGAAGAUCCCGGCACUGUCCGUGUGUUUUCCCUGGAAUCUUCGUCUGUUUUUAAAGGAAGGAUUGACUCUCUUAAUGGAGCAGCGAGUUUAGCCCAAACUGUACCCCCCAGAGGAGGCAUGCACACACACAGUGACAGGAGGUGCUGUGGGGCACCACACACCACAGGGGUGCUGUUAUACACUACACUGUGCUAUACUAAACUAUAACAAAACACACUCCACCAAGCUGCACAUAACUAAACUAUACUGUACUGUACUACACAGCUGUGCUGAACUUCACUAUAUAUUACAAUAUAUACAGAAACAAAUACUAAAUGAUACCAUAGUAUACCACACUGCACUAUUCUGUAGUGUAUCAAACAAUACUACACUGCACUAUACUAUACUGUUAGGUUCUUUGCGAACCCAUAUCUUACUAUACUGUACUGAGCUACACACUGCUAAACUGUGCUAUACAGUUCUGUACUAAACUAUAUAACACAAUACUCACAGUUAGACACCCCCCACAAUGUUGGGAUUCACUCCAAAGCCUUGGAAACCAGUGCUUACAUCAACAGGAAGUAACAUCAAAGCUGCCCCCAGCCCAGACAUGACGCAGGAGGGGAUGGCGGUCGGUAGCAGGGGUUCAGGAGCCAAUGGGCUUGUGGCUUCCAGGGUGGAGCAAUACGAAGCCGGGACGGGAGACACCAACUGCCCUGAGCCUGCUGCUGCACUGUCACCCACUCACCACCAGGGGACAUCACAGCUGUGGAAACUGCAGGAGAACAAGCCCAGAAAGUUCGUCACUUUGGGGUACCAGAGUAAAGGUAAACAGAAGAAGCACCCUGAAUAUGUGACGCUGGGUAAGGGAUCCUCCAACAAUCCCAAACACAACCGUGCAACGCUGCGCAUGGGAAUCUUCAGCCAGGGACCGUCUGAAAAGGACUCAGGCAAGGUGGAGCAGCUGAAGAACAAGCUUGUCUCCUACAGCAUGUUUGGCCUCCCCAGACUGCCGGCAGAGGUGGGCUCAAAAUGGGAGAUCAGAAUGGGAGAGGAAACCAGUAUCAGCCUGGAGAGCUCCUGGAAAGACAUUGUGCAGGGACAUGAGGCUAUGAGCAAAAAGCAGUCUCACCUGCAAGAGGCGAUCUGGGAGCUGAUCCAUACGGAGCUCACCUACAUGAAGAAGCUGCGAGUCAUCACUGAUUUGUUUAUCUGUGGGAUUUUGAAUCUUCAUUCAGUUGGAUUUCUCACAGACGUGGAUCCGGAACUCCUGUUCAGCAAUAUUCCUCAAAUAAUCUGCGCACACAGAACCUUCUGGCAGGAAGUGAUAUCACCGCUGCUGCAGGAAGUGAGGCAAACCAGGAAACCCUUUGACCCUCAGAGAUUGCACGAUGGCUUCCAAACGUUUGACCAGAGAUUCCAGUGCUAUAUCCAGUACUGUGGUGGUGAGGAGCGCUGUAUGGAGUAUGCGCGCCAACAGAUGAUGCAGAAUCAACACUUCUUGGUCUAUGUAGGGUGGGCAGAGACUCACAAGCAGUGCAAUCGGAUGAGACUGAGUGACAUGCUGGCCAGACCCCACCAGAGAAUCACCAAGUACCCCCUAAUGCUGAAAUCCAUCCUGAAGAGAACAGAGGUCUCUGCCACCAGGGACAGCCUGGUCUCCAUGGUCAGCUCUGUGGAGAGUUUUCUUCAUCAUAUAAACUCGUUACUUCAGCACAGAGAGGAGCUUCAGAAACUGUCUGUGGCGGCUGGAAGAAUAGAGGGGUAUGAGGUGCUGGAGAGUGCGAGCGAGGAGGUGGACAAGCAUGUUAAGGAAUUCUGUCAGCUAGAUCUGACCAAUCCCAUGGUGGGGGUGGGACCUCACCACAUUCGACAGCUGCUAUUGGAGGACAGCCUGAAGAUCCGAGAAGGCAAAGACAGCAAGGUGGAAGUUCAUGCCUUCCUCUUCUCUGAUGUUCUGCUCUUCACUAAACUGAGCAAAAAGAGUGAGACGGCCAAAGUGACGCAGGCUCCAGUGCUGAUUGACAGGGCUGUGUGCAGAGCACUGAAAGACUCAGGAAGCUUCCUGCUGAUCUGUCGGAACGAGUUCAACUGCGCUAUUGCUGCUUACACCAUCCAGGCAGCGAGCGCUGAGAAGAGCAAGCAGUGGAUGCAGUCAAUCCAGAGCGCUCAGGCUGAUCUGAUAAAGCUGAAGCAGGCAGAGACACACCGGCGUGAGAAGGAACUGAGAGAGAUUGUGGAGGAACUUGAGUCCCAGAUUGUCCUCUCCACACAGAACUCCCCGUCGCUGUCGCACAGAGAGAGCAAGAGCCAGCAAACGGAAGCCAGGAAUGGAAUGCUCAUCCCCCAGCUGCUGGUAACCAACAGUGAAUCUCAGAACACAACGUCGACAAAGGCAGAGGGCCAAUCCGAACCCGGGGGCCCCAUUUCUCCUGACCCGGAGGAUCUGGGGAUCUUCUCCAGGAACGUGGUGUCUCCGAGAAUCCGCCGGAGGAAACCACUACACACCCCCAACAGGAAGACACCCCUGCUGACGACCUUCGACCUCACACAGCCAGGUUUGUCAGGACCUGGGACAGAGUCUUCAAACCAGGAUGCCCACUCACCGCCUGAUUCAAACUCAAACUCUAAUGCAUCUUUCACUUCGACGGCACCUGAUUUCAACCUGAGGACCCCAGACCCCAUUUCAAAUCCAGACGUGACAUCUGCGGAUCUGCCGUACUCCAUUCCUGACCGCAUGCUGAGGACCCAGCGGUGGCUGUCAGCCUCCAAUCACAUCUCAAACACCCUUUCUCCGCCUGGCACUUCCAGGACCCAAACUGAGGCACCCUACGUGGUGCCCGAACCUUACUUCCCCCAAAAAUGGCUCUCCGCAGACCAUCUGAACUCCAACACAGCGGGAUCCUGUUUAAGGACCCAAAGUGACCGUUCUGGUGUCAACAUGUCAAGUUUAGGUGCCCACUCCGCACCCAAUUUGUUUUCAAGGACCCCAAGGGGCUCAGCCAGGUCCCGUUCAGUAGCAGAUAUCCUCUUGCGGGCCGAGGCUCUGGAGAAGGACUGGAGCAGCCGACACGGGUCCGAGAAAAGCUUCUCCCUGGCAGGCACCGGAUCCUGGGACGGCAGCAGCGAGGGGAGUGACGUGGACCAGCUCUUGGAGGCCGAGGACCUUGAGUUUGUGAAGGGCCAUGCCUACUCUGGGGCCACCGAGAACCAGGACGCGCCCUUCGACCCGGAAGAGAUGGAGUACAUGGAGAGACUGCACAACCAGCUCAGAGAUAGACACUCCCCUGUGUUCUUUGAUUUCCCCCUCCCUCUUGGGGCCUGGGGGGAGGGCGAUGCCUCUGAAGGGAGGAGGGGUCUGCUGCCCAGUGAGGAGAUGGUCUGUGAAUCUGGAGACCCCCGUGCCCUCCAGAGCGAGGGGGGAAAGGAGGAGGGGGUGGAGGGGGACCGGCGGUCGGGCAGGAGGCUGACUCUCUCAGAGCUGCAGAAGAUCCGAGGCACAGAAUUCGACCAGCACACUGCAUCCUUCUAGAAGACACGUGUAGCUCAAGUAACCCUCCAAGAAAGAGAGACUGAAACAUGCUUUCCUGAGCAGACACGUGACUAUCAUGAGACUUUUGAAUAUACAGAAGAUUUGGAACAUUUUAACUGACAGGACAUUCUAUCAAAAAGCAAUCCUGUACAACAGGACCGUGACAUUCGGAAACAGAUCAACAAUACAAAACCUUUUUAUUGAUCUAAACUGAGAUUUAAAAAAUAAACACAGUACAAGUUCAUUAUAAAUCAAGUCAAGCAGCUAACAAGUGUUUGGGCCGGUGCCUAGAUCAGUUCAGCAGUGAGUCCCUGUUUGGGCCGGUGCCUAGAUCAGUUCAGCAGUGAGUCCCUGUUUGGGCCGGUGCCUAGAUCAGUUCAGCAGUGAGUCCCUGUUUGGGCCGGUGCCUAGAUCAGUUCAGCAGUGAGUCCCUGUUUGGGCCGGUGCCUAGAUCAGUUCAGCAGUGAGUCCCUGUUUGGGCCGGUGCCUAGAUCAGUUCAGCAGUGAGUCCCUGUUUGGGCCGGUGCCUAGAUCAGUUCAGCAGUGAGUCCCUGUUUGGGCCGGUGCCUAGAUCAGUUCAGCAGUGAGUCCCUGUUUGAGCCGGUGCCUCCAUCAGUUCAGCAGUGAGUCCCUGUUUGGGCCGGUGCCUCCAUCAGUUCAGCAGUGAGUUCCUGUUUGGGCCGGUGCCUAGAUCAGUUCAGCAGUGAGUCCCUGUUUGGGCCGGUGCCUAGAUCAGUUCAGCAGUGAGUCCCUGUUUGAGCCGGUGCCUCCAUCAGUUCAGCAGUGAGUCCCUGUUUGGGCCGGUGCCUCCAUCAGUUCAGCAGUGAGUUCCUGUUUGGGCCGGUGUCUCCAUCAGUUCAGCAGUGAGUUCCUGUUUGGGCUGGUGCUUCCAACAGUUCAGCAGUGAGUCAGUUUCUUCCAGGUCUUACAAUGCUGCAUAGCUAGUUCAUCCCUCACUUCAAACACUAUAUCAGUAACUCUGCAUAGAGAAAAGUAGAAUAAACUAAGGCAAAUAGCAGAUGACUCAUUAACUUCUAUACAGUAUUGCUGUUUCUGUUAUGCUGUAUCUUUGCAUAAUUUAAGGGAGAAUGGUAUAUAGGCUAUAAUUCUAGUUUAAUAUGUUUUAUUUAAAAUAUAUGCUAUAUAUACACAUA